AUAACGCGUGUAUGACGCGCCUCGCGCCGUGGUUUACUGUAAAGGUAGCAGAGCCGCACGCGCUGCUCAGAGACAGCAGGACCUUCAGCGCAGCAGCCAUGGACUGCGGGAUUAUAACGUCGAAGACCGUCCUUCUGAUCCUCAGCCUGAUAUUUUGGGCUGCAGGAGCGGCUCUUUCCUAUGUCGGCGCUUAUGUCAUAAGCAGCUAUAAGAACUUUGACAACUUUGUGGGGGACAAAUACGUCCUAAUCCCAGCAGCUAUCAUCAUCGGGGUGGCCGUGUUAAUGUUUAUUAUCGGUAUCGUCGGCUGCUGUGCAACACUGUGGGAGUCUAAAGUUUGCUUAAGCUUUUUCAUGUUGAUCAUUUUACUGAUCUUUGCUGCGGAGGUGACGGCUUUUGUGUUUGGAGUCACCUACAGGAGCAAGAUAAAAGGAGACUUGGAGAAGUCAAUGACUGAAGUCUUUCAAAAGUAUGACGGCAAGAACGCUGAGACCCGGGCAGUGGACUUUUUGCAGUCUCAGCUGCAGUGUUGUGGGGUGAAGAACUACACUGACUGGACCAGCAUACCUUGGUUCAGUUCUCAUAACAGGACGGUGCCCCAUUCCUGCUGCAAGGCGAACACCACAUGCACUGGGCAGUUUGACCAGUCUGAGCUGCUGAAUGUUCAGGGCUGCGAAGCUAAACUGGAGCAGCUGCUUCAGAGUGUGCUGAGUUAUGCCAUGUUGGUCGUCCUGGGUUUUGCCAUCAUAAAGUUUUUCGGCAUGCUUAGCAUUUGUGUGAUCACCUGCCGAAGUGGCAGACGCGAUUACCAGCCGCUGUAUGCGUGAUGGGUGAAGUAAAGAGCUUUCCCAACGGUGGCCUUGCCUACCCCGGUGACUCCACACCCUGCAGCUGCACGCUGCCUCCUCUCCAUCAAUCACAAGACUGAUGUCCCUCAUAGCCCCUACAGUGAGAGUUCGCCACACGUUCCACCUUCAUCACAUUGUCACUUUUUAAAAGAUGUACUGGGUUUUUAAUGUGAUUUUGUUCAGCUGUAUGAAAAAUCAUCCUAAAAUACAAGGAAAUGUAGUAAGCAGACCGCUAAGUCGGGGACGCCCAGUCUUUUCUGCAAAGGCCCUGUUCAGCUGCAGGUUUUCAUUCUAACCAAGCAGGAGAUCACCUGACCCUGCUUUGAUUUAUGGAGUUGCUUUUUGUGGAUAAGACUGCGUCCCCGUGCUCUAACUGGAGCAGUGUUUUGUGCUUCGAAAGACAGUAAUGGUCUGAAAUUGCCAACACUUUGACAGAAAAUUGGCGACAAAAUAUCUGCAUGCUUUGCUGACGUUAUGCAAAUCAUGUGUCAUUUUUUUUUUUGGGUGAAUUACUGUGCCUUAGGGAAUACUCCCCACCAUAUCCAUGCUAUUCAAAUACCUGAUUGCAAUAGUCUUUUCCUUAACUUUGUAUUCUUUCCUAUCAAAUCUGCAAGGAGAGGUCUUUGAGAACUGAUUUUGUAAACUGAUUUCUUGUAGUUUUCAACCAUUUAAGUCUUAAGUUCAUAAGAGUGCAUCAGUUUUAGUGAAUAUGUCUGACGCAUUUAAUGUUAGGCUGUCAUAUCUAGUGGUUGGAAUGACUGAUCUGCUGUAAAUGUAUUUAAUUUCUGCUGUAAAUCUCUUAAGCAUCACAGGACAAUAAAUGUUGAAAUCCAGUCUUUGUUACAUUGUCAAACAUUACAUUAAAAUUCAGUAAAAUGAGAA